AUGCCCCGGACACGAUCGACUAAGACGGACGCGAAGGACUCGGGAGAGACUGCAAAGACGGCCUCCUCGUCCAAGUACGUCCUCGCUUCCAACAAUAACGACUCUCUGCCGAACCUCUUUAUUCUUCCAAAAAAUGCCACAUCGAACGCCCGCAUAGUGUCCCUCCCGAAUCCAAGGCAUGGCCGUCCAGCCCGCUAUCUAGUGUGUCCUGAAACGGGCAUGUAUGAAUUCAGGAAAACUACGGUCCCGAACUCGAACCCCCGGAGUUGGCUGAUAGAAACGCACGAAUCCUCGAUCGAAUCGAAUUCGAAAGAUGGUGCAUCGGAACGCAAGGCUCGGGUCAUCAUGGUCCCCGACAUGCACAUUGCAACGCCAUUCGAUCCCGUCUUCGUCGCUUUGGCCGCCAUGGCGAACUCACAACCUCUCGAAGGAUCGGAAGACAGGAAACGCCUGUAUUUAUCGAGUGAGGACCAUUUCGACAAGCUACCCGAGGAAUCGUCCCACUUGUUGGAAAUCCUGAGAUGGGAGAAGACGCGGUCCCUUUUCGAGCGCAGGAUGGCAGAAAUAUGCGAUACUGUCGAGGCUGGCGACGAGAGCAUGUUCCGGCUGAAUGAGAAGAAGCUCUUGGCUGUCCUUCUCGACAAGGCCAACACAAUGGCUGCUGGCAAUCUGCCUCCGAGCAUGGAAGAAAAAUUCGUCAAAGCACCGCUACAGGCACCAAUUAUCUUGCAGCGACAAGUCCCUGCAGUGAAAGAGAAUCAUGGUUCUAGUGCAGAGGGCGAACCCGGAAUCUCGACUCCCAGCAUCGAAUCGGUAGACUGCAAGUCUACCGCUGUGAUAGCCGACUCAGCCGCCUCAUCAUCUACCUCCCAGCAAUCCACGGCGGCGACGUCACUGGCAGAGUCCGAAUCUUUAACUCCCAAUACCAUGGCAAGUACGGUGGAGGCUUCUUCGGACAUAACGAAGCUCCAGAGAAUACGAGUGGCAUUCGAUUUCAUAUGCUCCAACUACGUUUCGCCGACUAUCGCCGAGCAUCUUCGAGCGCAGCUAGUUGCGGACCUGAGCCCCAUCGAUUUUACUCCCCUCGACAAAUACAUUGCCAAAGUCUCCGAGCUACGGGCGGAGGCGUUUGCGACUCGGUCCAUGUCCGACUUCUCUCGUAAACGGGGCAUUGACGAAGAAGAGAUCGAAGCGCGACUGGAGAAAAGGCGAAAGAUGGACGAGGAAAAGAAGCGCAAAGCCAACGAAAGUCGCGGAGUCAGAGACCUCAAAAAAGUGAACACCAGCGGGAUGAAGAAGCUAAGCGAGUUUUUCAAAGCCAAAUAA